AUGCAGCAGAUGCAGCGCGAAACGGAACGGCAGUACCUGUCGCAGCAGCAGCAAAUGGCGCAGCUAGAGCUGGCGCGACAGUCGCAGAGGCGCGGCGAGGAGGAGAGCUCGGGACGGGCCAAAGAGCUGAUGCGGAUGCUGAAAGUGGGGCAGGUGAAGAAGGGGGUGGCGACGGAGAAGGAGGGCAAGCGGGUCGGUGGUGCGUUGGCUAAGGCGGUCGAGAGCGGAGACGUCGGUAAGCAGGGCGAGACGCUCGACCGGGACGAGUUCAAGGCCGUGUUGCAGAGGCUGCUCACGGAUAGAAAGCUGUUCGACGUCGUUUAUGCACACUAUGCUGGGGCUGGCGUUUAGAUUGUCGUGAUGAUGCCAGCCCAGCCACUGACUCUGAUACUACCCUGGUAGUGUCUAUUGGACUGUUGUCCUCGUAUGAGGUUGUAAAAGAUGGUUGCGGGUUUGUGUGAAG